AUGAAGGUGGAUCAUUUGAGUAGAGCUUUGGGAUUUGAGGGAUGCUUUGUUGUGGAAGCCCAAGGAAGAAGUGGAGGGUUGGCUAUGCUUUGGAAGAAUCAAGAAGAGGUUUCGGUGGAUACUUUUUCGGAGAACCACAUUGACUGUAAAGUCUCUUUUGAAGGACAAAGGGAGUUUAGAUUCACAGGGGUGUAUGGUGAACCCAAUAGGAGUCUUAGAAGGAAAACUUGGGAGCUUUUAACAACUCUCCUUGGUCGGUCAACAUUGCCUUGGUGCCUUAUGGGAGAUUUCAACAAUGUUCUUAAUCAGUCAGAGAAAGUUGGGGGACAACCUUAUCCGGUGUGGCUUAUCGAAGGGUUUCAGGAGGCAAUUCGCUUGUGUGGUUUGAGAGACAUGGAGAUGCAUGGGCAUCCUUUGACAUGGGAAAAGAGUAGAGACUCUCCUAGCUGUAUUGAAGCUAGACUGGAUAGAGCUUUGGUGAAUAAUGACUGGUUGAGCAUUUUUCCUAUGGCUAAACUCACUAACUUAGAAAUUUCUCCUUCGGAUCAUUCUCCGUUAUUCUUGGAACUUACAGUUCCUACACAUGACUACCGGUUUAAGUUUGAGAAUUGGUGGACGACGCAUCAAGGUUAUGAGGAAAUUAUUCAAAGUUGCUGGGAUAGAAUGGAAGGCCACAACAUAGAGGAAAAGAUUGAAGAGUGUGGCCGAGAGCUACUUCAGUGGGGAAAAGAUGCUUUUGGGAGUUUCGCAUCUCGUAUCAAAAGCUGUAAUCGUGAGUUGAAGCGGUAUAAGAGUAGAAGGGAUGAUGAGGGGAAGCAAUUUUUUUAUGAUGCCAAAAAAGAGCUCUUUGCGGUGCUCAAUCAAAGGGAAACGUUUUGGAAGCAAAGAUCAAAACAACUUUGGUUGAAGGAAGGAGAUCAAAAUAGUAAUUUUCUCCACUCCAAGGCUAGUACUAGCUAG